AUUAUUGUAGAGCUAUAAGAAAAGAUCCUACAGAUUUAACUUCUGAACAAGUUAAAUUAUUUAAAACAAGGGCUUUAAUAGAUAUUGAAAAAUAUCUAAUUCAUUUUGGAAAAAACUUGGCUGAUUUUAAUUUGGACAAACCUGAUUAUAAUUUAGCAGGUUUAACUUCUGAAGAAAUUAAUGUACAAUAUCAACUUUUUAAUGAUGAACAAUAUUUAGAUAAUAAACAAUAUUUAGAUAAUGAAUUAGAUGAAAUUUUAACAAAAGUAAAUCCUGAGCAAAAACAUAUCUAUGAUUUGGUCAUACAAGCU